GGGGAAUUCUCGUCUGAGCUUGAUCGAACAUGAUCGACAAGCUACGCUCUGUUAAGCACCGAGACUUCGCGUCUCUUCUAAUUAUCACUUCGCGCAGGUGAAUCCCAAUAACAGCUAACAGCGAGGAGUUGUUUACGACGGUUGCUAAGGCAACGGAAAGAGUUAGCUGUUAUUCGUGGACCAGGUGGUUGCCAUCCUUUUUCUUUUGCAUAGCAACGACCUUAAACGUAGGACGAUAGACUGGGGCGCGCCUCUGCACAUGUGUAGCACUCGGCACUUGUAUUUUGAAAGAAAAUAGCGGUGGAAAAGAGGAAUAGGAAAAGUUUGCUUCCGCUUUGUGGGCGAUCUGCGCAUGUCUGGUAGAUAGCGACGCUUUUCGAGAAGAGAAGUGUCUCUCCUUCGCACUGGAGUGGGAUACUAACCGCGAGUAUCUGGAUACAAUUACCAUCUAUUACAGAACCAUUGAACUGAUGGACUUGGAAUAUUCUAGUGUUUGACGGUUUAUUCUCACUAUGGACGGACUUGUGGUGUUGUGUUUGGUGGCGAGUUGGCUUAACACUAUUACAGGACAGCAGGUGAUCGUCGUUCAGAACGUCCGACUUGCAGGGGGCCCCAAUCCCAAUUCUGGGAGGGUGGAGGUCCAGGUCGGUGGGGUGUGGGGGACCGUCUGUGACGACCAAUGGGAUGACCUGGAUGCGGCAGUUAUAUGCAAGAUGCUGAACUACAGGAACGGUGGUCAAGCUUUCGGGCUGGCCAGGUAUGGUCCGGGCACGGGGCCCAUCCAUCUUGACGACGUAAAAUGUGACGGCGACGAAGAGCGGAUUGACCAGUGCCGGAUGACCACUAUCUCCAACUGUCUACACGGUGAAGAUGCUAGUGUAAUAUGUGACCCCACCGGCCCCGUCGUCGACCCUACACCUGCAGCAACGACGGAAGGACCGCGGACCGUGGGCCCAGUACCGAGCAACUGUCGACCUGGAGCUCCAGCCCCACCCGUGAGGCUCGUGGCCGCCGACAAUCUGCCCGGUCGCGGCAUCGUGGAGGUCUCUAACGGUUCGUACUGGGGCUCCGUGUGUGACGACUUCUUCGACGAGAACGCGGCCAAGAUUGUGUGCGGCGUCCUCUGCUUCGACACCACAUUCGCCCGUGCUGGAGCACCACCGGAAGCCAUAGGACUGCCUCGUUCUCAAAUAGUACUUGAUGAUGUCCGGUGUGCUGGAAACGAGGCUCAAAUUCAAUCCUGUCCAAACAAUGGUUGGGGGAACCACAACUGUGCACCGACGGAGGUCGCCACGGUCACGUGCGUGGAUCUCCCUUACAGACCUCCCGCUGAUCCGGUGCCGGUGCUGGAGUGCCGGGAGGGAUACCUGAUCGCCGCCUUCAGCAGAAUCCGCGACCCUAACCUAGAGGUGAAACAUCUGAAUAUCUCCAACCCCAUCACCGGCGUCUGUAACGCUCUCAAGUCACAAGACAACAACACUGUCGUCAUCAGAAUCCCCUUUGAUGGCUGCGGAACUAAUGUCACGUAUAAUGCCACCCACAUUUUCUACAACAACGUCAUCAAGUACGACUACACCGCUCUUGAAGGUCAAAUCAGCAGGGUCAACACCUACCUGGUGAAGGUCACGUGCGAGAUGCCACGACAAGCGGCGGUCACGCGACCUCUUGACCCUCAGACGCAGGUCGUCACUCAGAAAUCCACUGGUCAGUUCGUUGUGACCAUGUCGUUCUUCAGAAACAACACCUUCUCCAACCCUGACCCGCAGCUUCCCCUACGGUUGCCUCUAGGAGAGUGGCUCAAUGUGGCCCUACAGCUGGAGAACGUGCACGAACGGCUCAAGCUGAUUGUACCCGACUGUGUGGCUACCCCAACUAAUGAUAUCAACAACCCAAUUAGAUACCCGCUGUUCAGAAACAGCUGUCGAGAUGAACCUUCGUUGGCUUUCUUCAACCUGAAUCAGACGCGUUUUGGCUACCGGUACCAGCCUUUCGCGUUCGUGGGCUACCAAGAGGUGUUCUUGCACUGUGGUGCGUUCGUGUGCGUUCUGGAUGACCUGUCGGCCGAAUGCGACCGCAGCUGCAACAGCUCGAAGGGUGAACCCACGACUGGCCGUCGGAGGCGUGCCGCCUACCCUCGGGAGAAAGUCUACGUCCACAGUGGCCCCAUCAUGGUGUACAAGUUGGACAACUCUAUGACUGUUUUGGAGAGAGUUGGCGAACCUCAAACAAUCUCCAGAACAUUCACAUUCCCUUUGCCAACGUCAACUCAAUCCCCAUCACCGACGUCAACCCCAUCCCCGGACGUCCAGGGCCGCGUCGGGACGUCGGUCAAGGUCAUCCACCACGAAACAACGACGGUGAAAACUGACGUUGGCGCCAAAGGUGAACUUCCUGACCAAACAUCUAAGUCCACAAACGUCCUGAACGUCUCCACGACUACAACAACAUCUUCAGCAACAGAUGAUGUGACAGCAACAUCUGCUGCGGAAACGACAAGAGGUAAUCUCGAUACCACAACAAAGAAAUACGUGACAACAAAAGACUACGAAAGAACGUCGCGUCUAAAUGACGUAACAGUACAGCGUCCAGUUGACGUCGAAACAAAGCCCGAACGACACACCAGCAAGGCAACGACACCUCCAUUGGUCGAUACUUCAAACGACAGCAGCUUCCUCUUGGAAAGGGGAGUUAACCCUGACACCCCUCACACAGCACAACACUCUAAACAACAAGCCAAUACUCUGCAGGGGUACAUCCCAUCAUUCAUAUCGGCCAGUGCCGGAAGUGACGUCAAUUUAUUACCAAUUUUCCUUUGUUUAUCUAUAUCUAUAACACUCAGAUUUUUUUCAUGAAGUCAAAACAUAACAUAGAUCCCCGUCAUUCAUUUCCAUGACCACAAAUCUUGCUCAUGUUUUUUUUGGUUAUUUUUGUAUAAAAAGGCUUUACAGUCGCAAUAACAAAUACAUGUCAAUGACAAAAUGCUGGUUGUGCUCAAAAUGAAUUUGUGUUCUUGAAACCCAUCGAGUAAAUGAUCUUCCGCGGAUUGUGAUAUGCACAGGAAUUUGUUGAAGGAAUUGUAAAAGGACAGUUUCUUUUUUUUUUACCGAUGUUCUUAUACUAUAAGCCGGUCUUAUAACAUAUUUUUUGUGGAUCCAGCCUAAGCUAUUUCAAAGUAACAGGUGGGCAGGAUGGGCAGAUGUGUCCAGUCCUCUAAGGCGUCGCAAUUAGCUGUCCAGAGUUGUCUACCUUAGGCGUGCCAGAAACCUGUGAUCGUUGGAUUGAAUCACAGAUUCGCCCUAAAUAUGUUUCCAGGUUUGUCAGCACUGACCCAUGUAGGUGGGUGUCACCAAAAUGGUAAUAUCUACGACCUGCAUUAUUUAUCUUCCGCAUCAAGCUGACAUGCCGUGAUACAACUGGAAUACUGUUCAAAGCGGCGUUCAACCGAACCCAUUCACUUUCUCACUUAAAAUAACCAAAUCCCGUCCUGACUGGGCCUCACUUCGGGGUUUUACGGUAGUUGUAGUUGUGACCUGGGCCCUAUUCCCCAAAGCGAUCUUAGCGCUACGAUGAUCGUAAGCCUAUGUUAAAGAAUGAGACUUACGAUCACCUUAGCACUAAGAUCGCUUUGGGGAAUAGGGCCCUGCUCAUUAAAGUAUGACAUGCUGCACUAAAGGUUUUUAAUAAGUUUGAUUACGGAUUUAAUAGACUUCACAGACGUGGAAUACAGUCACGUCUCCUACAGCCCUGCUAUCAAACCACUGGUGCUGGCAUCACGAAGUCCGAAAUACAUGUUUUAUUCACGUGAAGUGUCCUAACUCCCAUGACACUGUAUGGAGAUUAUGUUGACCGUGUAAUUAUUUGGAUACAAAAACAACCCCACUCUCAGAAACGCAGAGUUGCCUUAAAUACAUGUACCUAAAUGCAGCCUUAGGAACUAUACGAGCAGUUUCCAUGUCCUUACGAUGCCCGCAGCUGACCUUUGGGUGAACAGUGUAACCCCGUUAAUCCAUACGGCCUCGUUUCUAUUUAAAUCAUCCUGGGCAUUUUUUGAUAAUGGAAUAUCAUUUGUAUAAUGAGGUUUUCAAGUCAAUUCGUCCGGUAUGAUGAGUUUCCGGAUUAACGGGGUUUCACUGUAUUGAGACCGCGGGUUCAUUCCGUCCAUUGUCUACACCGACCUAUGCGGUCAGUAUCAAAAUACUAGACAAGAAUGAUUUAUAUUUAUUCCAUAUUUUUCAACAAGCUACAUUUACAGUUUUUCAUUAUAAGUUAGUACACUAUCAAUAGUAUAUGAGAUUGUAUCUGUGCUUAUUUUAUUGUGUUAUCAAUUAUAUUUAACAUAGGCAAAAUGUCGGAAUCGUUUUACCACCGGCGUGCUUUUUAAGACAGCGUUAAUGUGUACAACAUGUGAAUCACGUGAGGUGUUGUACCGGGGCGUUGUAUUAUGGUCUGUUUCGAGAUAGGUAUGUAGUCGUGAUGUAUCGUCGCGAAUGACGUCUGUAGCGUAUUGUAUGCCGUCCACUUUGCUGUGAUUGAUUUGUACAAUAGCAUCUCAAGAAAUGUAUUUUAAUUGUUCGAUUUUCGGAUACCUAUUACGGAAAACAUCUUAAAGUCUUGUGUUCUUCCCGGCGAUUCUGUCAACUAAUCUGAGAAAAUGUUUUCAUUUAAUUGAUUUCAGAUUAAGAUUUCAGAUUCGUAUUUUUUAAUUUCAUGUUUUGUUUUGGCACACAAUUCCGUAAACCCAGUUAUAAAAUAAAAUAGUCCCUGGUCGUGGCAUUACAGUUGUAUUUCCUGUGAUAAAAAGCCCUUAAGUCAGUGUUCGGUUCGUUUAAUCUAACCUAGUAGGUUGUUUGUUUCUAAAAAGCUUGUUUUCUUAAAUAUAACGACCCGUUGAAUUCACGUUAAAUGUAUCUCACCACUGGAACUUUUUCACCAAUGGUCAUCUUUGGAGCAAUAUGGCCAGUUGAGUGCACCUUUGCCGUGUACGUGACGUAUGUCAUGUGUAUGUCAUGUGUAUGUCAUGCGUAUGUCAUGCGUAUGUCAUGCGUAUGUCAUGUGUAUGUCAUGCGUAUGUCAUGCGUAUGUCAUAUAUAUGUCAUGCGUAUGUCAUGCGUAUGACGUGUAUGUCAUGCGUAUGUCAUGUUAUGUCAUGCGUAUGUCAUGCGUAUGCCAUGCGUAUGUCAUGUGUAUGUCAGGUGUAUGUCAUGCGUAUGCCAUGCGUAUGUCAUGCGUAUGCCAUGUGUAUGUCAGGUGUAUGUCUGGAUAUGACAUGCGUAUGACUUAUGUUCACCUCCUCUGUAGAAAAAAAUAAAGUAUGAAUUCAUAAGAACGUGCGUACGCAUUUCAGGAAGUACGAAAACGUUGUAUUGUGGGAAUAAUUUUGACAUUGAUAUUAUCUGCAACCAUUGUGUUAACCACUAACCCAGUGGUUAGUUAAUUCAGUGGUAAUCUACCUGUCCUGCUACAAACGUGUCAAGUAGUUAACGGUGGAAGAUAACCCGUCGUUAACAUAUCGGGCCACUCUACGAAUACCAUCAGUCCCAAAGAAUCGCAAUGGAAGAGCGCAGAUGUGGUGUGACCUUGACCUACGCCUAUGUUCUCAUACACACCACCCCCCCCCCC